AACGCUAACCGGAUUCUUAACGUUUGUACAUCCGGUUAAAUAUCUGUCUCGUUGUUCUGACUGUCUGUACUCAGCAGCUGGUGAAGUUCAGUGAAAACUCAGAUAUGGAGGACAACAUAGACGUGGAAGCUGGAGAAAAUCCAUUUCAACCUUAUUUAGACGCUCUACGGAAGGAGUUAGAACACCAAGACCCCAUAUUUAUUAUCGGAAUUAUAUUUUCUUUGGCUGUUGUAGUCAUCAGUUUUGUGUUGUUUAAGUACUUCCUGAGCAGCAAAACUGUCCAAAGUGCUGUGCUGCUGGUUGGUCUCUGCGAUUCUGGAAAGACCCUUCUCUUUAGUCGAUUGUUGUCAGGAAAGUUCAAGAAGACCCAGACCUCCAUCACAGACAGUAGUGCCCCCUACAAAGCCAAGAAUGAGAAGGGCAGCAGCUGGACCCUGAUCGACCUCCCUGGACAUGACAGUCUUCGUCCGCAGUAUGUGGAGAAGUUCAAGUCAGCAGCCAGGGCCAUAGUCUUUGUGGUGGACAGUGCCAUCUUCCAGAAAGAAGUGAGAGACGUGGCUGAGUUCCUGUACUUCCUGUUGACUGACAGUGCAGUGUCCAGGAAUGUCCCCUCUCUGAUAGUGGCCUGCAACAAGCAAGAUAUCACCAUGGCAAAAUCUGCUAAGCUGAUUCAGCAGCAGCUGGAGAAAGAGAUGAACACAUUGAGAGUGACACGGUCUGCGGCUCUGGGCACCCAGGACGGGUCUGCGGGGUCCAGCGUGCACCUGGGGAAGAAGGGCAAGGACUUUGAGUUCAGCCAGCUGCCCAUGAAGGUGGAAUUCCUGGAGUGCAGUGCCCGCGGCAGCAAAGGGGAGAACGGGCAGGCAGACAUCGGCAGCCUUGAGAAGAGCCUGGCCAAGCUGUGAGAUGGCUGGGUCUCGUUAUUGACCAUCUGGUUCCCAUAUAGGUCACUACUUUGGCCAAGAGCCCUUUGCUUAGGUGCGCUAUUGUGAAUAGGCUCUCUUAGGAUAUUUCCCUGAGGAUUCUCAGCAUGUCAGGUGUCUCAACAGUCUCUCAAGUCUCCAGGACUCCAGACUCAAAUCACUAUACUAUGAUGAAGUGAAUAACUUCUUGUGCUGACAUCACAAGGUCAGCAGUGGCACAUGAUGUAGUGAAUGCCAAUUUGCAAAAAAAUGUUUGAUAAUGAAAAUAAAGUGUUUGCUUUUCUCCAGUAGAUGUUGUUGCUAUACGUUUCAGUGUUUCCACUAUAUUCCCCUAAAUUGUUGGCGCCACUCCCCCCCCCCCCGCGCCCCCAAAAAUAUUUAUAACAAUAAAAACCGGGAUAGUAAAACGUUUUUAAGUGUUAACGUAAAUGACUAAAACCACAACGUAUGUAGGAAAGAGUAUGUAUGUAUGUGUGUGUAUUUGAGAACUAACAAUCACCUAAAUAUAAACUUUCCAAAAUGUCACGGUGUUGACGUUACGUUUGAGUCACUCGGAUGGCGUAACCCAUGGCAAAAUGUGUAGAAUUGCAGGAAACUUUGCCACCGCUGCUGAAAAAGAAUCUUAUGGGAAAACAGCGUUUCAAGCAAAUGACUCGUCCCUUUCAUAGUGGAUACUGUUUCAUAGGAGUAGGUGAGUGUGAACAUCUGCCUACUUAUAUUAUUUGUGUUAAAUUAGCUUUGUCAGACUUCUAGCACUUCAAACCACCCUUUUUGAGAGAGAAAUGUUAAUGUGAUGAGAUAUUUACUGAUCCACCUCCAAUACAUUACAACUGUUUGUAUUCCAAAAUCAGCUUUGUUCCUUUCUGGAACAGUUUAGUUGAAUGUUCAUCAGUUUGUAUAAUUCUCCAGUGUGUUAACAUUUGACGGGAAAGUUGACUUUGAAUCUGUACCACUGUUUUAGCCAAAUAGGAAUGUUAUGUAAUUCAGCCUGUAAAUAAAAUGUGUUUACAGAUA